AUGGCGAUCGCCUCCAAGGUCUCCAACAUAUCACCGGGGACAAAUCACACGCCGGCGGCGAACUCCUCGGCAAUUCCUCAUCGGGAUGCGUCUCUCACCGCGGCUUACGAGCGUUACGUCCGGCUUUCGGAUCUCGCCAAGCUCUGGAGUUCAAGGGAUUUCCCACAGUGGAGGAAUGAAUCUGUGCUGAAGCCGGCAAUUCAAGCCCUCGAGAUCACUUUUCGGUUUAUAUCCAUCGCGAUGUCCGAUCGCCGGCCGUAUGCGAACAUUCGGGAAUGGAGUCGCCGGCUGGAAUCGCUUGCGGCUGUAGAGAUUGAGAUUAUUGGAGAUUUCUGUGAAGGGGAGGGAGGCGGCGGUGCACCGGUGGUGGAUUUGCGGUCGGGCGCUGGCGUUUUGGCCCGUGAUCGGAGCUCGCAGGAG